UGAAAGCACUGCGACGAAUGCAAUAAACCGUAGUACAAGACUCGUUAAGACGUUUUAUCUCUAGUGAAGGAGUUUAACUCUUCGUACCUUGAAAAUCAUCUCCAUCUUUUAUUCACAAAAAGAUCCUCAAGAGACCUCCUUCGUAGCGUGUUGCUCGAUGCAAAGUACAAAUGCUUGUCGGGUGAAAAAAGCAUGGGAGUAAAUGGAUUGCUGCCGUUUAUUAGAAAGUUUGCAGGUCAUUCCAUCGAGUAUUGUGCGCCGAACUCGUUUCAUUCAGUUAUUCCAAAGGUUGCAAUUGAUGGAACACUCUUUUUACAUAAAGAGUACAGGUCUCCACAGGUAUCCAAUACGGGGAAGUCAAAGCACCUUUACUGGGCACUCAAAUUGGCUCGAUAUUGUCGCAAAACUCAUGUUUCUCCAAUAGUCGUGUUUGAUAGUGCAAGCAGAUCUGUCUUAAAACGAAAGGAGCACGCUCGGAGAAAACAACAAAAGGAGAGGAAUGUCUCGCUCUUAAACAAAAUUAAUGCUAGCAUUACGGAUCAAAAAUCUCUACUUCGUUCUACGGAAUACGCCAGUCCUCAGGAAGAGCAGACGAGAAUUGCAGAUCAACUACUUCCAUUAAAUUUGGAAGAUGAGCUGGAAGGCUCUCAAUCCGUGUUGACAAAUGCACUAAAUCUGCUUGGUGAAACAAAAGACGAAAUUACACAAGCGUCGUUUCAGUCAUCAUCUGCCUUUCUUACGGACACUUUGCAGCGAACAGUUGAAUUAAGAGAAAAGGUAGAAAGACGUUUGGCCCGUCCUUCCAUCAAUGAGGUUAAAGAAACCGCAGCCUUACUCAAUUUCCUCAAUAUUCCUGUGUCAUUCUCCCCAGAAAACGUUGAAGGGGAAACGCUUGCAGCUUCCUUGUACCAUUCAGGCCUUGCUUCUGCAGUUUGUACACAAGAUACGGAUGCGUUGUUACUUGGCACCUUAAUGAUUUACGAUUUCUUCAAUAUUUCAAAAAAGUUUGAGUUAAUGCCUGCUCAAUUCAUUUCUUCUUUACGGGUCCAAAAAAAUCUCGGUCUUACAUAUCCGCAGUUUUUUGACUACUGUUUGUUAUGCGGUACUGAUUUCUGCGAACGAAUAAAUCAGAUUGGACCAGUCCGUGCAUUAAAACUCAUUCGUCAAUUUGGUAGUCUAGAUGCCAUAUUAAAGUAUGCAUUGAACGACCCCAUACUUUCCAAAAUUCUUCCUCAGGAUUACAACGAGGACUUGAACAUUGCCCGGAGCGUUUUUUCUAAUAUUCCUAAUGACCGGGAUUUAUUGAGUUUUGCGUCUAAGGCAAAUAGUUUCAGCGAAAUUUCUGAAUCUACCUUCAGGAAUAUAGAAGAAGGUGCGCUGCGAACCUUUCAGUUACAUAAAGACGUUUUAGACAUGAAUUCCCCCUGGUAUAACGACUCUAUUCCGCUAGAUUUUUUCAUCUUGGAAGACUAAGUUUACGCUCUUCUGUACAUGUUCCAUUGUUGCGGUGUAUCUUCGUUUAAUUGCAGCCUUCCUACGUAACUAUGUAUGUGCUUUUUCUCUAAAGAAUGAGUCUAGCUGUGCCCUUUGUGAUGUUUCUCCGAAUUAAAAUUUCGGCCUGCAAUUUUGUUAGUAAGAAAAUCCAUAGACGGAAUACCUCAUGUGUGUUACAUACGGCAAAAAAUAUGACAAAUAAAGUCAUUAGAGAGAUGAUGAUUAGAGUAAUUCUGUUCAUUUUUUUGUCCGCGCUUGAUUCAGCGAAUAUUUCAAGCAUAUCGGAAAUGACCUUGCAUCGGUUGUUUAGGACCUGUGUCCGGGGUCCAAUUUCAAGAUACUCACAGAAAGCAGUGUACAAGGGGAGAAGCAGGGGCUCAUUGUUCCAUAACAAGUCUGGUGUAUCGAGUACGUUACUAAUCAGAUUAACGUCAACACGAAGCUGGAAGAGUUUUCCGCUCAUUUUAGCCACCUGUUCUCUUCCCAAUCCUAAUUCUCCGUAAAGUGCAAGUUUUUUGGGAUAUACCAGUGCAGAGUUCAUGGUCUCAUCCAUGCGAAAUUCGAAGUGUGAAAGUUUCACGGAUUGCGCUAGAGCAUGAGACAUAGCCAGUUUUGUUUUUACAUCAGCACUCGGAAUGUGAAUCAUGUCAUUGUAAAUUCGCGGGCGCUUUGUGUUUGGAGCGUAAUGAAAGUGCAAGUCCUCGAUCUCGCACUCUUCUUCGGAAAGAGGUUUUGUCAUAAGAGAGCAGUUACUUGCAAAUGUUAAGUCCGCCAGUACAUCUUUUUCUUGACGUUCUGAGAAGUUCCAAAAUACAACGACACCGUAGUCAAAAAUAAAUACUAAAUCAGUUUGUUAGCAAAGGAGCUUAGUAAUCAACUUUUCAACUUUGA